AUGCCGACCCCUGUCGACGCCCAGGCUCGCCCGCCCGCGCCGCGCGAGACGAUGAGCCGCGAGCGCGAGCGCGCCCAGGGGACGUUCGAUCUCGAGCGGUUGACGUACGCCAUGGGUGGCGGAGAGUCUGACGUCAAGCUCAAGCGCAAGUUCAUGUUCGAGCUCGAGCGCGACCCGCUCUUCAAGCUGUCCGACAUCCACGACCUCACCAAGGCCGAGAUCCGCGAGCGCACCAUGUCCAAGUUCGCGUCUAUGGCCUACUACGUCACCAACGAGCCGGUCGCGCAGUUCCAGCAGCGCAUGAACGUCGUCUCGGUCGCCGACCCGGCUUUCUGGACCCGAUUUGGCGUGCACUAUGGCCUCUUCCUCGGCGCCCUUCGUUCGGGCGCCACCGCCAACCAGAUGAGCUACUGGAUGUCGCGCGGCGUCAUCACCCUGCAGGGCAUGGUCGGCUGUUUCGCAAUGACCGAGCUCGCACACGGCUCGAACGUCGCCGGGCUCGAGACGACCGCGACCUUCGACGACCGCUCGGACGAGUUCGUCAUCCACACGCCGUCCGUCUCUGCGACCAAGUGGUGGAUCGGCGGCGCCGCCCACUCUGCGACGCACGCCGCCGUGUUCGCUCGCCUCAUCGUCAAGGGCAUGGACUACGGCACCAAGACGUUCGUCGUGCCGCUGCGCAACCCCAAGACGUACCAGCUCCUGCCCGGCAUCGCGAUUGGCGACAUCGGCAAGAAGAUGGGCCGCGACGGCAUCGACAACGGCUGGAUCCAGUUCACCGGCGUCCGCAUCCCGCGUGCCUACAUGCUCAUGAAGCACGCGCAGGUCACGCGCGAGGGCGAGGUGCGUGAGCCGGCGCUCGCCCAGCUCACCUACGGCGCCCUCCUCCAGGGCCGCGUCUCGAUGGUCGCCGACGCCGCCGUCACGGCCAAGAAGGCGCUCACGAUCGCGCUGCGGUACGCCGCCGUGCGGCGCCAAUUCAAGACGGGCGACAACCCGCUCGAGACGCAGCUCCUCGACUACCCGAUCCACCAGCGCCGCCUCUUGCCGCUCCUCGCCCAGGCCGUCGCCAUGGGCUUCACGUCGUACCGCAUGACUGCCCUGUUCGAGGAGAUGAGCGAGGAGCUCGAGUCGUUCGGGAGCGACUCGGACGAGGAGGAGACCAAGGCCGUCCUCGAGAAGCUUAAGGAGACGCACGCCACGAGUGCAGGACUCAAGGCCUUCUGCACCUGGAACGCGCUCGAGACGAUCGAGAAGUGCCGCGCCAGUCUCGGCGGCCACGGCUACUCGGCGUACUCGGGCCUGCCGAGCAUGUACAACGACCAGGCCGUGCAGUGCACCUGGGAGGGCGACAACACCAUCCUCACGCUCCAGUCGGGCCGGUCGCUCGUCUCGUCGUACGCCGACGCCAUCAAGGGCGCGACGCUCCCCGGCGGCCUGUCGUACCUCAACUCGCUCCCCGAGGUGCUCACGACGGCGUGCCCGACCGACGCUGCCGCACUCGAGCUCGACACGCUCCAGGCCGGGUGGGACUGCGUGUCGGCCAACGUCGUCAAGCAGGCGCACGAGAAGUUCGAGCAGGCGCUCAAGAGCAACGGCGGCAUCACCCGCGAGGAGGCGCUCGAGCUGUGCUCCCAGGAGCGGUUCGUCGCGGCCAAGGUCCACGCGUCGGGCUACCUGUUCCGCAUGUUCCGCGAGGCCCUCAUCGAGCUCGCGAGCAACGAGCCGGCCGACAACGGCGUCGUCGCGACGCUCGAGAAGAUCUGCACCCUGUACGGCUGCUGGGCGAUCGAGGAGAACGCGCAGCACUUCCUCAAGUACCGGUUCUUCUCGCCGUCGCAGAUGGACGCCAUCACGGCCGAGGUGACGCGCCUGUGCGCCGAGCUGCGCAACUGCGCCGUCCUCCUCACCGACAGCUUCGACCUGUCGGACCACAUCCUCAACUCGCCGCUCGGACGGUACGACGGCGACAUCUACAACCACUACUUUGCGCACGUCCAGGCGGCCAACCCGCACGAGCCGGUCGCGCCCUACUUUGAGCGCGUCAUCAAGCCCCUCAUCGAGCGCGAGGACCUCGGGUUCGACGACGCCGACGAGAUCGACCUCGACGAGGAACUCAAGGAGAUCCAGGAGGAGCGCGAGGGCGAUGGCGAGGACGACAAGGAGGAGGAGGCCGAGAAGGUGGACAAGGUCAAGAAGACGGUCGACGAGCCGCCCAAGUAGACGAGGUCCUCUCCCUUUCCCCUCACUGUAUAGUCGCACUCGCUCUCUCUCGUCGUCCCUCGUCGUCCCCGUGUCGUCCUCUGUGCAAUCUCAUGUUCUCGCGG